AUGUCCAUCUUGCAUGGGCUUACCGGCGCUGAUCUGGGUCAAGUCCACAAGACUGGCAACCUCAACUACCGUCUUUGUGAUUACAACACGGAUACUGCCGACCCGACCAGUGACAACGGAUGCGGUGCCCAUACAGACUAUGGCACCUUCACCAUCAUCUUCCAAGACGGAACAUCGGGGCUCGAGAUUGAAGAUGCCGAGCAGCCCGGUCUUUGGGUACCCGUUCUUGGCGAUGCAACGGUUGUCCUUGCCGGUUGGUGCACUGUGAUCCUCAGUGGAGGCAACAUCCGAGCUACCCGUCAUAGAGUCAGAAGAACUCCGGGUGUUCGAAGACUCAGUGCCGUGCUUUUUGUUGCCCCAGAUGUUGAGGCCACUCUACGACCUCUCGAAGGUGUCAAGGUUGUUCGUCCGUUCACUAAGAAGGUCAUGGAUGGGCAGUUGGAUGUUGGGGAGUUCAAAGAGGUCAUGGGCAAGAAGUGGAGACGCCGUGAGGGCAAUGAGAAGUCUGAGGACGGGGAUGACACGGAAACACAGGACAGUGAGAUUGAACGAUUCAUUUGGGCUUGA